AUGGCUUCGCUGUUGCGAUUUGCGUUAUGGGGGUUGUAUGCUUUGGGGAGCAAUGCGCUUAGGUAUGAGGCGGAGUAUGUUGGAUAUAAUCUGAACGAAGACGACGCCACGCUUGGUGUCGUCAACAACAAAUGGGCUGGGCACACAUAUCACCCAUCGCCGACGAACUGGCGGUUCCCAUUUUACACCCUGUUCCUGGACAAAUUCGUCAAUGGCGACCCAUCAAACGAUAAUAUCAACGGGACGCUCUUUGAGCACGACUCGAUGCAAACGAUGUUGCGACACGGCGGAGAUAUCCAGGGCCUGAUUGACAGCUUGGACUAUAUCGCAGGCAUGGGCGUGAAAGGCCUGUGUAUUGCUGGCACGCCUUGGUUAAAUUUCCCCUGGGGCGCAGAUUCCUACUCACCGUUGGACUUCACACUAUUGGACCAGCAUUAUGGCAAUAUCGCAAAGUACCGAGAGAUGGUGGAAGAAAUCCACAGACGAGGCAUGUACAUAAUUGUCGACACGACAAUGUCAACGAUGGGAGACUUGCACGGAUUCGAGGGCCAUUUAAACGACUCGGCGCCAUUCAAGCCAACCGAGUAUAAAGUUGUACUCCGCGACAAGACCAGACAAUACCACGACUUCCAUCCUCAGACCGAAGACAAAUACAAUGAGACAUGCGCAUACCCAACAUUUUGGGACGACACUGGCCAUGUGGUGGGCCAAGAUGUCUUGAGUCAGCUAGGCGGAUGCUACGACUCCGAAUUUGACCAGGCGGGAGAUAUCCCAGGCGUCGGUUUUUUCCCGGACUGGCAAAACCAGCUGGGAAAAUACCAAUCGGUGCAGGAUCGACUUAGGGAAUGGAUGCCUUCAGUCCGCGAAAAAUUGGAGAACUUCGCUUGCCUGACGAUCCAAAAGCUGGAUAUCGAUGGUUAUCGCUUCGAUAAGGGAAUACAAAUCACGCUUGACGCGCUCGCAGAAAUCAAUCUGAGCAUCCGAGAAUGCGCCCGCGAGGUUGGCAAAGACAACUUUUUUAUUGCUGGAGAAAUUUCCGGAGGAAACACAUUCGGAAGUCUUUAUCUUGGCCGUGGACGUACUCCAGAGGCAUACGGGAAUAUCACUCUGGAUGAGGCAGUAAAGCUCAACAAUGCCUCAGACGCGACUCUUUUCAUGCGCGAUGAAGACCAUGGGGCUUAUGAUGCUGCGGCGUUUCAUUACUCGGUUUAUCGAUCCCUGACAAGGUUUCUUGGAAUGCAAGGCUUUGAUGCCAGUUUUUAUGAUGUUCCCGCAGACUGGGUGGAGACGUGGAACGUGCUGCUGCUCAGUAACGACUUGGUGAACCCAAAUACCAACAAACUGGACCCAAGGCACAUGUACGGAACAGCAAAUCAAGAUGUUUUCCGCUAG